AUGAGAAUUGCGUACCCCUUUGGCACGAAAGUUGGCUGUUUCCUCCCGGGCUUCCAGGUCACCUGCAACAGCACCUUCCUUCCUCCUUGCGCCUUCCUUGGAUCUUCCUUCCUAGGCGGAGCAAUCCAGCAUAUUAUCAGUGGGAACUACUCUAUCGACGAUCCAGAUACUAUCCAGGCGGACGACCGGAUGGAUACAACGCCGAUGGAGCUCAUGGACAUCUCGGUCUCCCUCGCUGAAGUGCGGGUAUUCGGCGCGGUUAGCUCAGAUUGCCAAGGGAAGCAACCCUACCAUUUCUACAUUCGUCGAAGAACGUAUGUCCCCUAUGAGGGGCCUUUCCUCAUCUCGGCGAGCCGCAAUGUCCUCACCGGUGUCGGCUUGAAUGUUGACGCCGUGUUGACCACUUCCAUGUAUGGCUCGGACUCCCUAGUCGGGUGCAAUUCUGUGCCAAACUCAAAGGCAAUCGCCAAAGAAGGGCCGUGCAACGGUCAAGGCUGCUGUGAAGCCGCCGUCCCCCCAGGAUUGAAUUUCGUCAUGGCCAUGGCUGACAAGAAGAGGACUGAUUGGCGGAAGACCAAUGCCAACUGCUCCUUCGCCAUGGUGGUGCAGAAGACAUGGUACAACUACUCCUUGGAGGAUGUCCAUGCAGACGAGGCCUCCUUCUCCAAGAAGUACCCGAGGGGCUUUCCCAUUGUUCUGGACUUCACCAUUGGAAAUAGCUCGUGCCCAGCGCAGGGCCAGCCUCUACCUCAGGGCUAUGCAUGUCUCAGCGGCAACAGCUCGUGCGUGGAGGCAACCAACAGGACCGGUUAUGUCUGCAAGUGUUGGGAGCACUACGAUGGCAAUCCUUACAUCCCUGGUGGUUGCCAAGACAUCAAUGAGUGUGCCCUCCGAGAGCGGUAUCCUGAACUCCGAGAUCAGUAUCCUUGUUCAAGUGGCGGGAUUUGCAAAAACAGGCUCGGAGGCUAUGAUUGCCUAUGCAAAACUGGGAUGAAAGGCGAUGGCAAAACAGGAACCUGCACCGAGAAAUUCCCUCUACCAGCGAAGCUGGCUACAGGGUUUGCUGCCUUGAUUGCUUUCUUCGUCCUCAUUGUUCUGACCUACCAACAGAUAAAACUUAAAAGAUUCUACGACCAAAAUGGUGGUCCGGUACUAAAAGGUGUAAAGAAUAUAAGGAUCUAUACAAGGAGACAAUUUAAACAAAUAACAAAUAACUACCAGGAUGUAAUUGGAGAAGGUCAGUUUGGUAAAGUUUAUAUGGGGGCUCUUAAAGAUGAAAGCAAAGUGGCUGUAAAGAAAUCUAUCAAAGUUGACAAGGACAUGAAGAAAGAAUUCACUGAUGAGGUUAUAAUCCAAUCCCAAAUGAGGCACAAGAACAUUGUUAGGCUCCUUGGGUGCUCCUUACAGAUGGAUGUGCCCUUGUUGGUGUACGAGUUUGUAGUGAGAGGCAGUCUAUAUGAUGUUCUCUUUAAACAUAGAGAUAUCGUUACAGUGGAUACACGUUUGAAGAUUGCGGUUGGAUCAGCUGAAGGUUUAGCAUACAUGCAUUCAGCAGGGGAGAGUACUAUCCGUCAUGGUGAUGUUAAAUCUGCCAAUAUUCUUCUUGAUCAAUAUUUCACUCCAAAAGUUUCAGACUUUGGAACUUCGAAGCUGCUUGCAAGAGGAAAAGACGAGAAGACUGAGCAUGUCAUUGGGGACAUGAGUUACAUAGAUCCAGUAUAUAUGCAAUAUGGGACUGUUACGCAAAAGAGCGAUGUGUACAGCUUCGGUAUAGUUCUCAUAGAACUUGUCACGAGGACGCCCGCGACAUAUGAUGAAGGGAGGAGCUAUGUUGCAAAGUUUGUCCAGGCAACUCAUGAUAAAAGAGUAAGUGAGCUCAUUGACAAAGACAUUACAAGCCAGAUUGAUAUUAAGCUAAUGGAAAUGGUCAGCGCAGUUGCUGUGGAUUGUCUAAAACCAAAUCCAAAUGAACGCCUAGAUAUGAGACAAGUAGAACAACUUCUUGACAACAUUAUUGGACAAUCUGCUCAGCCUGCCCAGGACAUAAAUAACCAAGGAAAUCUAAAUUCUACUCCAGCUGAUGUUGCUUUGCUCACGCUAGGUAAUGAAGCACCGAUCAAUUAA